UCAAAGCUUCCGCUUUCACAACCUUCUCUUCGAUCAUCUCUCAGAGGACACGUCCGAUGCUUCUCCGAUCUCCAGAAUCGUCCCACUCGACAUAGCCAUUUGCAAGCAGAUCCACCGUCGCCGCGUUUCUGGCGAAUAAGGAGUAACAAGGAUCUGAUCUCAAUUGAGUUUUCGUGGCUAAGCUCCCACUCUACCGCAUCGGCUCGAUCCUUCACCAUACACUGAGAGCUUCUACACAUACGCCAUUGAACCCAAAGAAACACUUCAAAGAGUAGAAUCUGGAUCUCUUUCUCCGAUCCCGAUCUCUCCAGUACAUUUGGUCUCGUUAGAUAGCUCUACAUGCUUCGUGUGUGUAUUGGUGUUUGAGGACGAGUUAUGGGGUAUCAGAAUCACCAUCCAUCGGGAAGCAGCAACUCGUUCCAUGGAGGAGAGUUCAACAAACCGUCCAAAGUUGCUGUGGCGUCUAUGAUCAACUCCGAGAUCGGCGCAGUUUUGGCUGUGAUGAGGAGGAACGUGCGUUGGGGUGUCCGCUACAUUGCGGAUGAUGAUCAGUUGGAGCAUUCUCUUAUCCAUUCUUUGAAAGAAUUGCGUAAGCAGAUAUUCUCAUGGCAAAGCAAUUGCCAAAACGUUGACCCCAAGCUGUACAUACAGCCCUUUCUGGAUGUUAUACUCUCUGAUGAAACCGGGGCUCCCAUCACCGGCGUUGCUUUGUCGUCUGUCUACAAGAUCUUGACCCUUGAUGUUUUCACGCUUGACACCGUGAAUGUGGGAGAGGCGAUGCAUAUCAUAGUGGAUGCUGUCAAAAGCUGCCGUUUUGAGGUGACUGAUCCUGCCUCCGAGGAAGUGGUUUUGAUGAAGAUACUUCAGGUUCUUCUGGCUUGUAUAAAGUGUAAGGCGGCUAGUGGGUUGAGUAAUCAGGAUAUUUGCACCAUCGUCAACACUUGUUUGCGUGUUGUUCAUCAGUCUAGCUCCAAAAGUGAGUUGUUGCAGCGUAUAGCACGCCAUACGAUGCAUGAGUUGGUUAGAUGCAUCUUCUCUCAGCUUCCUUAUAUCGGCCCACUGGCUAAUGAAAGCGAAUUACCCGUCGGCGAUAAGGUGGGAACAGUGGAGUGGGAUCAGAAUUCUGGAGAAAACACAGUUGAAAAUGGAAGUAUUGAUACUCUCGGCGUUGAGAAAGAUUCUCCAAGUUCUGAGAUGGUUAUUCCAGAAACAGUACUCAAAAAAGAUGAAAAGGGAGCUGAGGUCAGUGAUGACUUAAAUGUUGCUGCGAAUGGUGAAAAUGCAAUGUUGGCGCCUUUUGGUAUUCCAUGCAUGGUAGAGAUUUUUCAUUUCCUGUGUACUCUGUUGAAUAUUGGAGAAAACAGUGAAGUCAAUUCCAGAUCUAACCCUAUAGCAUUUGAUGAAGACGUUCCUCUUUUCGCUCUGGGUUUAAUUAAUUCUGCUAUAGAACUUGGAGGCUCUUCUUUCCGUGAGCACCCAAAAUUGUUGAGUUUGAUUCAGGAUGAGUUAUUCUGUAACUUGAUGCAGUUUGGUAUGUCGAUGAGCCCUCUGAUUCUUUCUACAGUUUGCAGCAUCGUUCUUAAUCUCUACCUGACUCUCCGUACUGAACUUAAGGUACAGCUUGAAGCUUUCUUCUCAUGCGUACUUCUGAGGAUUGCACAGAGCAAGCAUGGCUCUUCUUACCAGCAACAGGAGGUUGCUAUGGAAGCUCUGGUUGAUUUUUGCAGACAGCAUACUUUCAUGGCUGAAAUGUUUGCGAAUUUCGAUUGUGAUAUAACAUGCAGUAAUGUGUUCGAAGAUGUUUCAAAUUUGCUAUCAAAGAGUGCCUUCCCAGUUAACGGGCCUUUAUCUGCUAUGCACAUAAUUGCAUUGGAUGGGUUAAUCUCCAUGGUUCAGGGAAUGGCUGAAAGGGUUGGUGAGGAAUUGCCGGGUUCAAAUGUUUCGACACAUGAAGAAGGAUACGAAGCAUUUUGGACAGUGAGAUGUGAGAACUACGGAGAUCCUAAUUUAUGGGUUCCCUUUGUCCGAAAGUCAAAGCACAUCAAGAAAAAGCUGAUGGUUGGUGCUGAUCAUUUUAACAGUGAUCCUAAAAAAGGUCUGCAGCAACUCCAAGCGAUGCACUUGUUACCUGAAGAACUUGAUCCAAAGAGUGUGGCAUGUUUCUUCAGGUAUACAUGUGGGAUAGAUAAGAACCUUAUAGGAGAUUUCUUGGGAAAUCAUGACCAGUUCUGUGUUCAGGUUCUUCAUGAGUUUGCCAAGACGUUUGACUUCCAGAAUAUGAAUCUUGAUAACGCCCUGCGUCUCUUUGUGGGGACAUUUAGAUUGCCUGGCGAGUCGCAGAAGAUACAGAGGGUGCUUGAAGCGUUUUCUGAGAGAUACUAUGAGCAGUCACCACAGAUAUUGAUUGAUAAAGACGCUGCCCUCUUGUUAUCUUAUUCGAUUAUCUUGCUGAACACAGAUCACCACAACACUCAGGUCAAGAAAAAGAUGACUGAAGAAGAUUUCAUCCGUAACAACAGGUGCAUAAAUGGAGGCGCAGAUCUUCCCAGGGAAUACUUAUCUGAGCUUUAUCAUUCAAUCUGCGACAGUGAGAUUCAGAUGAUCCCAGAUCAAGGAACCGGUUUCCAAAUGAUGACCUCCAGUCGGUGGAUUAGUGUGAUUUACAAGUCCAAAGAAACCAGUCCCUAUAUCAUAUGUGACAGCGCAUCGUAUCUGGACCGUGACAUGUUUCAUAUCGUGUCCGGUCCCACUAUUGCUGCUACAUCUGUGGUUUUUGAGCAAGCAGAGCAAGAAGAUGUUCUGCAGAGAUGUGUUGAUGGGUUAUUGGCCAUUGCAAAACUUUCAGCGUAUUACCAUUUGAAUAGUGUAUUGGAUGAUCUGGUCGUGUCUCUCUGCAAAUUCACGCCAUUCUUCGCGUCGUUAUCUGUUGAUGAAGCUGUUCUUGCUAUAGGAGAAGAUGCCAGAGCAAGAAUGGCUACUGAAAGUGUGUUCUUGAUCGCAAACAAAUACGGCGACUAUAUCACUUCGGGAUGGAAAAACAUACUGGAAUGUGUCUUGAGCCUCCACAAACUCCAGAUUUUACCAGCUCAUAUAGCUAGUGAUGCUGCGGAUGACCCAGAGGAAGAAAGACCUUUAGCAAAUCCCUUAUCAGUAGUAUCACAGGUACAACCCUCAGAGACCCCUCGAAAAUCCUCUAGUUUUAUCGGUCGGUUUAGCCAGCUUUUGUCCUUUGACAUGGAGGAGACAAAGCCAUUAUUACCUACCGAGGAAGAACUUGCAGCCUAUAAGCACGCUCGUGGUAUAGUGAAAGAUUGUCAUAUUGAUAGCAUAUUCUCAGACAGCAAGUUUCUCCAAGCUGAGUCCCUGCAACAGCUAGUAAACUCUCUCAUAAAGGCAGCCGCGAAAGAUAAAGCUAGUGCUGUCUUUUGCCUGGAGCUUUUAAUUGCAGUAACUCUAAACAACCGAGACAGAAUCCUACUGAUCUGGCAAACUGUUUACGAGCACAUCUCGGGUAUAGUUCAAUCAACGGCGACACCAUGCCCGCUUGUGGAAAAGGCUGUGUUUGGUGUGUUGAAGAUUUGUCAGAGAUUAUUGCCUUACAAGGAGAAUCUAACAGAUGAGCUUCUGAAAUUACUCCAACUGGUUCUCAAACUUGAUGCAAGAGUGGCUGAUGCAUACUGUGAGCCCAUAACGCAAGAAGUAGCCCGUCUUGUAAAAGCGAAUGCAUCUCACGUCAGAUCUCAUGUUGGUUGGAGAACAAUCAUAUCUCUGAUAUCAAUCACAGCUCGACAUCCAGAAGCUUCUGAUGCUGGAUUCGAAGCUCUCCGGUUUAUAAUGUCAGAAGGAGCUCACCUGUUGCUAGCAAACUACAUUCUCUGUUCGGAUGCAGCUAGGCAGUUUGCUGAAUCCCGUGUCGGGGAAAUCGAUCGGUCUAUCUCAGCCAUCGACUUAAUGUCAAACUCUGUGUUCUGUCUUGCUAGGUGGUCUCAAGAGGCGAAAAACUCGGUGGGAGAAGAUGAAGCUAUGAGGAAACUAAGUCAAGACGUCGGAGAGAUGUGGCUCAGGCUUGUGAACAACCUCAAAAGUGUUUGUCUUGAUCAACGCGACCAAGUGAGAAACCACGCCAUCUCAAUGCUACAGAGAUCAAUAGCCGGUGCAGACGGAAUCAUGUUACCACAACCAAUAUGGUUCCAAUGCUUCGACGCCGCAAUCUUCCCGUUGCUAGACGAACUGCUCGCUGUUUCGAUCGAGAAUUCAAGAAAGACAUUCAAGAAAACAGUUGAAGAAACGCUUGUGCUCGCCACAAAGCUCAUGUCAAAGGCCUUUCUUCAAGCUCUCCAAGACAUCUCGCAGCAACCAUCGUUCUGCAGACUCUGGCUUGGUGUAUUGGACCGUAUGGAGACUUACAUGUCGACCAAGUUCAGAGGGAAACGCAGCGAGAAAGUCCAUGAACUCAUACCGGAACUGCUGAAGAACACGUUGCUGGUGAUGAAGACGACGGGUGUUUUACUACCGGGUGAUGAUAUUGGAAGUGAUAGUUUCUGGCAACUGACUUGGCUUCAUGUCAAGAAGAUAUCUCCUUCUCUGCAAUCUGAAGUGUUCCCUCAAGAGGAGCUUGAUCAGUUUCAGAGACGAAACGCUAAGCCUGAGGAUACUCCGGUGGUACCGGAAAACUAAGACUCAGAACGGUGGUGGUGGAGUAGUAAGGAUUUGUUUUUAUACAGAAAAGCAUUAUUGAGAAGUUUUUUUUAGAAACUAUAUCGAAAUAUUAUAUCUUUGCAGUAUAGCCUUUUGUUUGAAUAUAGUACUUUUGAGCUUUUGGAUUUUUAUGGAAUGUCACGUUGGAAUUAUGGCUUUGAUUGGAGAUUUGCUUGGAGGCGAUUCAGGAAAGCGUUGUCACAAGUUGCACAAAUCGGCUUUUGAGUUUACCAAUAGAACGGACAGAUAAAAUGAACAGUUGAACUGAGUGAGCUUUUCAGGGUGCCGCCAACCCAUUCAUGUAUUUUUCAUUCUGAAACAGAAUAAUGUCAAAAUAGGGUUGAGCUUUUCUAAAAAAUUAUUACUUUACCUUUAUUUCUAAAUACAAAUUAAAAUAUUCUCAUUAAAUUAGUUUUUUAAAAAAUAAUUUUAUUUUAUUCUAAUGGAAAAAUUACAAAAGUAUAAUAUUUUUAAUGAAAAUUACAGUAAUCAACUUUACUAAACAAAAACAAAGAUAGGAUAAUGUUAAAGAUAUGCAUGUCGAAUUCAAAGACAAUAAUUUUAUAUAGCUUCACAAAUUAGAGUUGUUUAUAUUAUAGUUGUAUAUUCACUUCAAUUUGGAUAUUAUCAUGUGUAAGUAGUAGGAUAAAUUUUCCACUACAAGCUACCUACCACAAUUACAAAAGCUUAAUAAUUUUCAAUUAUUUAAAAAAGCACAUAGAUUAUAGAAAAUUUGGAAUCUCCUCACAAAUAUUUUCUUGAACAUACCUCUGUCUCUCUAUCUUAAUAUAUUCUCAUAGAUCAUUUGAGUCCAAAUUUUGGAUCUUGCAAUUUAAAAAUUAAUUAUUAUUUUCUUUGUUUUUAAAAAAUUUACUGUUUCAUUUCUUAUAAGUUAUUUAUAUAAUAUCACCAUUAUAUUUCAACAUAAUAAAAACUCGUGGUUCCAUAUUUUCGCCGGAAACCAACUAGCGCAAUGGACCAACUAGGGGUGGGCGUUCGGGUAUCCGGGUUCGGAUCGGAUAUUUCGGUAUAGAGGUGUAGAACGUCAGGGUAUUUCUGUACUUCGGGUCGGGUUCGGAUAUUUUUAGUUUGGGUUCAGUUAUUGCGGAUCGGUUUCAGAUAUUUAGAUUUUGAAAAAAACAAAAUUAAAUUUUCAUUUCUCAAAUUUCUUGUAUUUAAAAAUAUAACUUUCACUUAACUAAUUUUUUAUUUUUAAUAAAUUGAAUGGUUAAUAGAUUUGGAUAUAACAAUUUGAAACUAAAAAAACAUUAAUUUGGUAUUGUUUUUAAAUUUUGGAUGUAACUUUUUGUUAAUUUUUGAAAUAAAAAAUUUGACAUGCAUUUUAAGUGAGUAGCAAAACUUUUUCUCCGUAAUUUUAUGUAUGUCAUAUGAAUUUAAAAUAUGUGUAGUAUCAAUAUAAAUAUUUUAUAUAAAAUGAGAGAUGUAAACUAGAUUCAGAUUUCAGUUCGGGUUUCGGUUCAGAUUUUGGUUCGGGUUUUUCGGAUUGGAUUGGGUUCGGAUGUCACUUCAGAUAUUGAAUAAAGUGUCCACCCUUGACCAACACAACAUUGGUGGUUAAAACUCAUAGUUUACCAAAAAAAUAAUCAAAACUCGUUUAGAUGCUUUGUAUUUAGCUAAUUGUUUUAAAACUCAGUUUUUCUAACCACCAUAAAUUAUUCAAACUAUUUUAACAACUUUUCUAAAAAAAGACUAUAAAAUUAUUAUUAAUUUUGUUAAAACUUUUUAAUCUACUAGUUGAUCAAUGAUUCAUAAAAAAAUUUAAAUUUUGAUUUCAAGAUUUAUAGAAAUUAACGGAUUUAAAAAAUUAAAUAAAAAUCAUAUAAAUAGUUUCAUCUAAGUUUAAAAUAUUGAAAAAUCAGUUUAAAAAAAAAAGAAAACAUAAAAGAAAAGAAAAGAUGUAGAGAAACGACGGGUGCCUGCUGGUGUAGGAUAGAAACAGUGUAUGUGGAUGUAGCUUAUAACUACCCAAUCCCGUUGAGCAUAUUUCCUCCGACCAGACCAUCCCCAGAAUAAUAAUAAUAAUAAAAUUCAACGGAGGCCGCCUUCCCUUCACCGGAUCACCUUCCUUCCUUCCUUCCUUUGGAUCUAUCUUCCGAUUCCGACGGUUCUUCGUUUCUCAGAGUAUCAAUCUACCUUGGAACAAUGACUGAAGUGUUUAACGGCUACGAGCGCCAAUACUGCGACCUCUCCGCCAAUCUCUCCAAGAAAUGCUCCUCUGCUCUUGCCCUUGACGGAG